AUGAUGCCUACGGGAGUCAAUCCGCACGCCAGCGGGAUGCAGACGCCCAUGCCAAGCCUGCCCGGUCGUCCGUCGCUCCCAUCGCAGGCCGCUCCGCCCUCCGCUCCUCCGCCUCCCGUUCCCGCUGGCCAGGCACGCCCCCACGGCACGCCCAAGGCUGCCAAGCAACACCGCCAGAGCACGUCCAGUCUUCCCGCCCCGCCCCUCGACGACGUGCACGCCGCCUUCGUCGAGUUCCGCGCAAAGGAGGAGGAUAAGCAGGUACGCGCGAAAAACACCAGUCGCCAACGCCAACAUCUGCUGGAGUGCCCCACCUAUCUCAAUGUCAUGAAAGACUCGAUUCCAGCAAACAAUCUGCAACAUACUUUCCCGGAAGGCGACAUUGCUCGGUCCCUGCAGCUCCCCGCGCCCACUCUCGAGCUCGACUUCCGCAUGAGCAUCAAGCUGAACCCGUCUGUCUCGCUUGGCCACAGUAUCUGGGGCCAGCGGGACUGGGUCACCUUCGUCGGCGGCCAAUGGGCCGGCCGAUGGGGCAAGGGCGUCGUUUUGCCCGGCGGCCAGGACUCGCAAGUGAUAGUCAAGGAGCUCGCCACAAGCAUGAAAUCGUCCUAUCUGCUUCAGACUUCUGACGAACCGCCUGCCUUCAUCAUGGUGAAAACCCACGGCUGGAUGACGGGCGCCAAAGAGAUUCUAGAGAAGGUCGCAGAUCCUACCGUUGCGGACUCCGUCAACCCAAACACUUAUAAAUACCGCGUCAACAUAUCCAUGGAAACAGGCGACGAACGCUACGCCUUUGUCAACACGAUCAUGUGGAUCGGAAGUGGCUGUCGUCGUGGCUCAGAAGUAAUACUCGAUGCCUUCCGCGUCAACUAA